AUGGUCGCUGGAUCGUUGGUGCGGCAUUUGACCGCAACGUUGAAAAGAGCAAGUGGUAAGAGCGGUUGGGGACCGUACAGAAAUCUGCGCAGAGGUGAACAUUUUGUUGGAACCGAGCCACCUCCACUGAAGUAUCACGUGCUUCAAGAUAAGAAGCCAUUACAUAAAUAUGGAUUACAAGGGACGCAUCAUCUUUUGCCCGGUACUGGAAAACUUCAAGACAAGAAGCCAUUACAUAAAUAUGGAUUACAAGGGACGCAUCAUCUUUUGCCCGGUACUGGAAAAGUAAGUGCCACACUGCCGACCAGAGCUGUCCUCAAGAAAGACAAAAUUUAUGCGUGGUGCUCGUGCGGUUACAGCGGCAAUCAGACCAAAACGCGACCUUUCUGUGAUGGUUCGCAUCGUGAAGUGAAACUUCGGAAAGCUGCUGAAGAAAAUGAAGAGAAAUAG